AGCCUAUGAUUGGAGCACUCUCAGCACACAGAUGACAGCACAAUAAAAUCAUAGAUAUAUGUAAUAAAAUAAAGAAGAAUAAGAAAUAAAUUAAAUAAUUGUAAUUUAAGUGAAUGAUCUGUUGUGGAAUGAUCUAUUAAUAUACCUAAAUAACUUUCUAGCUCGUACUGAAGGAUUCAUUCAGGACCCCAAUGAGAGGUCAACCUUGAUAAAUUUGUGAAGAACAUUGCUCUCUCCGAACAGUACGAUAAUACAACUUAAAAGGUUCAGACAUGGCCACCAAUGGUAAAUUAGCUCUCCUCAGCGUGUCCGACAAGACCGGUUUGCUGCCUCUAGCGAAAUGCCUUUCCGAUAUUGGCCUGGGCUUGGUGGGCAGCGGAGGGACCGCGACAGCCCUCCGGAAUGCCGGCCUGAAAGUCCUCGACGUGUCUGACAUCACAGGCGCUCCUGAAAUGCUCGGAGGAAGGGUCAAGUCUUUACAUCCUGCUGUACAUGCUGGAAUAUUAUCCAGGUUAACCGAAUCUGACCAGGCUGACAUGAAGCGACAGAAGUUUGAUAUGAUAAGCGUGGUAGUUUGCAACCUUUACCCAUUUGUUGAAACUGUAUCCAAAUCGGAUGUCACCAUAGCUGAUGCUGUGGAAAACAUUGACAUUGGUGGUGUUACGUUACUCCGAGCAGCGGCCAAGAACCAUGACAGAGUCACAGUCAUCUGUGAUCCCAGUGAUUAUGAUAAGGUCAUUGAUGAGUUGAAACAAAGCAAGGAGCAUCAGACUUCUUUGGAUACAAGACAAAAACUAGCUCUUAAGGCCUUCACACACACAUCCCAAUAUGACGUUCACAUCUCUGACUAUUUCCGCAAACAGUAUUCCGCCGGUGAAGCGCAGUUGACAUUGAGAUAUGGUAUGAACCCGCACCAAAAGCCAGCACAGGUGUUCACAACUCGCGACCGCUUGCCGCUGAAGACGAUAAACGGUUCGCCAGGCUUCAUUAACCUGUGUGACGCGUUGAACGCGUGGCAACUUGUCAUAGAGUUGAAACAGGCUCUAGGGCUGCCGGCCGCUACCAGCUUCAAGCACGUCUCGCCAGCCGGGGCCGCGAUAGGUCUGCCUUUAACUGAAGAAGAAGCGUCAGUAUGCAUGGUUUCGGACUUGCUGCCGCAACUGUCGCCGCUGGCGUGUGCGUACGCGCGCGCUCGCGGCGCCGACCGCAUGAGCUCGUUCGGGGACUUCAUCGCGCUGUCCGACACGUGCGACGAGAUCACGGCGCGGAUCAUCUCGAGGGAAGUGUCCGACGGAGUCAUCGCGCCGGGGUACUCGUCUGAAGCGCUCGAACUGUUGAAGAAGAAGAAGGGAGGCGGCUACUGCGUUUUACAGAUGGAUCCCAGCUAUAAUCCAGAUUUGAUGGAGCAGAAGACGAUCUUUGGGCUCACCUUAGAACAGAGACGCAACGACGCUAAGAUAACAUCGGAAUUAUUCAGCAAUGUUGUGACAGACAAGAAGACCCUCCCGUCCAACGCCGUGAGAGAUCUUAUCGUGGCGACGAUUGCUCUUAAAUACACUCAGAGCAAUUCUGUGUGCUACGCCAGGGAUGGCCAGGUGAUAGGCAUCGGGGCCGGGCAGCAGUCGCGUAUCCACUGCACGCGGCUGGCGGGCGGCAAGGCGGCGCUGUGGUGGACGCGGUACCACCCCGCGGUGCGCGCCCUGCGCUUCAAGCGAGGGGUCACGCGCGCGGUCAUCUCCAACGCGAUCGACAACUACGUCAACGGCACCGUUGGUACCGACCUACCGCUCGACCAAUGGAACUCGUUAUUCGAAGGCUCCGCGCCCGCGCUCCUCACAGCGCAAGAACGAGAUGAGUGGGUCAAGAAGAUGGACAAAGUGGCGCUUGCCUCCGACGCAUUCUUUCCCUUCAGGGACAACAUCGACAGGGCGGUGCAGUGCGGCGUGGAAUACAUCGGGAGCCCCGCCGGUUCCAACAACGACAAGGAAGUCAUUGAAGCGUGCAACGAACACAAGAUCAUUCUCGCGCACACCAACCUGAGGCUUUUCCAUCACUGAGUUUUUGCUCACCACAGGACUAUUGCGUGAAAUGACCGCUAACGGUCAAAACUAAUAUCCAUGGUCAUAUCAAAGCAAAAGUUCUGAUUCUUUACUUUUUUAUGCGCAGAAUCUAAUACAUAUUAUCUGGGGACUAAAAAUAAAGCUGCUCUUUUUCGCAGAUAAAAUUUUAAAAUAAGAAUAUAAACUUUUUCAACUCUCAAUAUUUUUACAAGAAUAAAUCUGUAUAACCUUGGAGUAUUGUUAUGUUAAGAUUUUUAUAAUGUUUCGAAUAUUUUUAUGUUAUUACUUAGAUAUAUUAUGUUUAAGUUUGUUAUUUUUAGAAUUUCGAUUUUGUGAAAGAUUAAAAUAUUUGUUAGAAUCAUGAAAAACUUUGUCUAACUUAAAUGGAAUGAAUGAAUCCCAAUGAUUCAUUUCAUGGGCAGUAAUCUCUGUAUUUUGUUUACAUUCCAUAAUUUCCUGUUGUAUUUGAUAUCUAGGUAAAGUAAGUUUUUUUUUAAAUUAAUAAACCUGAUGAACUGUUUUAU